AUGGAGGAGCUGAUCACCUUUCAGCGUGUUGUAGAUGUUGGCUCCCAGGGGCAGCUGGAGCAGCGGGAUGGAGCUCUGCUGCUGGCUGGGGGGAAAAGAGCUCUCCACCUCACUCCGAUGCCCACUAGGACUCAGAUUGCAGGUCCAUGGAGGGUACGGUCACUGCUGGAGGCCCCGCUGGAGUCUGAACCAAGAGAGGUUUUUGGAAAACCUUGGGCACAGAAAAACAGCGUGGGCCCUCAGCAGUGUGGUUUCAGUGAGACCCUGCUGCUGGUUGGGGGAGAGGCCAACAGUAGCCGUGCAAGAUCUGCUCCAACAUCACUCCCCCACCACAACCUCAGAUCUUCAGACACCAACCUACUGACCCCCACCAGGACCAAGCACCGCACCGUUGGUGACAGAGCCUUCUCCACUGCUGCCCCGACCCUCUGGACCUCCUCCCUACUCACAGCCGCAAUUCAGACUCACUCCACGCCUUCAAAAACUGAGAUGGAUACUACAAUUUAUGAUUACUCAUACGGUGGGACGGACAAUGUGACGGACGAUGGGCUGGAACCUGAAGGUCCUUGUGAUUUGAACAGUGUCAACUCCCUGGGAGCUGGGCUGUCCAUCCUCUUCUACUUCAUGUUCCUCUUCAGUCUCUUUGGCAAUGGGCUGGUCCUGUUCAUCAUCCAUCGGUUUGAGAAGCUGACCACUGUGACCAACAUCUUGCUGCUGAACCUGGUGUUUUCCUCCGUGUUCUUCAUGUGCAGCCUUCCUUUCUGGGCAGUCUACAGUCAGAGCACCAAUUGGAUCUUUGGGGCGGCCAUGUGCAAGAUUGUUGGCAGCGUCUACUACCUGGGCUUCUACAGUUCUGUCCUCUUUCUAACUCUUUUGACCUUCGACCGACACGUUGCAGUUGUAUACUCCUUGGGCGCAUGGCAAGUGAGAAACCAAAGGUAUGCAGUGAUCUCCUGCGCUGUGGUGUGGCUGGUCAGUGCCUUGGCAUGCAUCAGGCCCAUGAUUCUCCACAACACUUUUACGUACAACGUACUUAACAAAACAUACUGUCAGGAAUAUCCUGGUAACCUAGGUAAUAUUAAUGUGCCGCUGCUGAAACAAUCUGGAUUUUACCUCCAGCUUAUCCUCUUUUUGAUCUUUCCUCUGGCUGUUAUUAUCUACUGCUACCUUAGGAUUGCUAUCACUGUCAUGUCAUCCAAGAUAGUUAACAAGUUCAAGACAGUCAGGCUAGUAUUUGUCAUUGUUGUGAUUUUUUUCAUUUGUUGGACCCCAUUCAACAUUAUAGAGCUGAUUCGCGACAGACCCAGCGACUGUGAGGGAUUGAAGAGGGUGCGUUAUGCUCUUGAAGUCACUCGUAUCAUGGCAUACACUUACUUUUGCAUCAGUCCCAUCUUCUACACAUUUGUUGGGAAAAAAUUCCAGAGCUAUUUCAAACAACUGCUGGUGAAACGUUUCCCAGGUUUGAAGAAACAUAUUACUGUCAGUCAAGAAAUUGGAACCAAUAUGUCCACAAAAAGUACAAAAAAAUGAGCUUUAGAAAUGGCAAGCCCUUUGUUUCUCAGGACUGAUGGUGUUUCAAAUACAACUGAAGAAAGUAAUCAAUUUGGAGCAUGUUUUUAAAGUUAGUUGUCAAAGUCUAGUCCAAUUUAACUCCAAAUUAAGCUCCUGUCACCUCUUUAUUUGUAUUCAUGGCACAUGUAAAUGUAGACUAGAGAGCAAGUUUAGCUGAGCUAUCGGAAGACAUGGUUCCCUACAGAAAAACACACCAGUCCUGUUCUGAGGACAGAUCCUUUUUGCCUUUUCAAAGACUCAGGGUACAAGUUUCUUUCCCUAAUUUCUUGCAGCUUCAUGCUCCAAUGAGCUGUAAAGCUUGAUCUUUUUCAGUUUACACUGCAGUAUUUCAUGAACAUAUUGGUACUGAUCCAUUAGUGAUGUGCCAAUGAAGCCUCAUGAACCCUUGUCUUUAUUUUCUAUCCAUCUAGUCAGCUCAGAAAAUAAAGUAAAUGGCUAAUGAGGCUGCAUUGUCACAUCACUACGAAUAGUUUUGUUGUAACUUCUUGCCCUCUCAUGGUCAAAGGCUGAUUAAUGAGGCUCAAGUGAGAUAUUGAUAUCGGAGGGAUUUUUAAACCCCAAAUUAGACUCAGCAAUGAUUUUAUUAAUAAAACAUUGUUGCCGUGGUUGGUCCAAGUUAGCUGCUUGGUGCUUUGCACUGAGGUUUACUGGGCCAAUCAUUUAUUUGUCAUAUGCUUCUUCAUGUUUCAUGUUCACAAAGCUACUGAAACUUUUGUUGGAUUACCAGGUGGCAACCUCCCUGUCGGAGCAAUGAAGCAAACACAGACGUGCCUUAAGCCUUCAAUCUUUCAAAAAUCCAACAGGGGUCGCCAACAAAAGAACUGCGGUUCUAUCUGUCUCAAUAGAAAAUGAGACAACUUCUCACUUGAUUUAUUACUUCUGCAGAAGUUAAUCCGGCAACAUCAUGGUCUCAAUCGCUGGUUUUCAUCAAGAAAAUAUGAUGUUAAUUGUGUAAAUAAUGGUUAUUUUUGACUGACAGGUCGAUAACACGUAGCAAAACAAUGUUUAUCCAUGGCCUGUGUACAUUUAAAAAGCGGUGAACUUUUUUGCCGUGUUUUCAUCUUUGACCCUUUCACAGUGUGUUUUCAUUUCAUGAAAGUUUAUUUGAACAUUUCAUUCAUUUAAAGAUGUCUUGUUCAGUGUUCGGUUGUACUUAAAGACACUCCAAGGAGUUGUCUGUUUUUCCAGUAAGUAACAUACACCCGUCCUGGCGCCUCCCCAGUCCAAAUAUGGUCUCUCCCGGUUUCAAAAAGCAAAGAUGGUGAUGGGCGUAAAGCAAAAUGGCAACCGCCGUAACUCCCAACUCGUUGCUUCAAACGGGCAGUCCACAAACCAAUGGGUGACGUCUAGUGAAGUGACAACGAAGCUUCAUGAAACAUUUUCUUUAUUUCCAC